UUAUAAAACAUGAGGCGGGACUAACGCUACAGGUUGAUCACAUGAUAAGCAGGUAAAUUAGCCUACUACUACCUGUUCAUUUUAUUCUCUAGCUCAAGUUUUUUUUAAGUGACGUGAGUGAAUACGAGGUCGUCGUUCCUACGGGUUCUGUGAUCAUUUGCAUGCUUCAUCGGAUCCAUACAGGCAGCAUAGAUGACUAAGGUGAAGUCUGUCGCAAACCAGGAAGACGUUUUAUAUUCUCUGAAGAACACUGAAGAUAUGACAUGUCUACGGUCGAUGGCGCACUCUCACAUUUUUAGGCCAUUGUAAGGAGUUUUAAUGCUAAAAAGUCAUGCGAAUUUGGCGGUUCACGUACUUUUCACUCCUUUUUGGGUUUUUCCUGUCGUCUGUCCCGGAGCUCACAGGUAGUGCAGAGCUCAGUGUUGCUGUUGAACUGGGCACAACCAUCCGCAUUAAUUCUAGUCUCCAGACAAAUUGCAAAGUUUGUAUCAAACAGGGCACACAACAGUUGUGCCAGUCGGCCGUGGUCCUCAAAAGUACCACGCUUUUGGAUUUCAGCUGUUCACUGCCAGAGAAUGUAUUCACCGUGCAGAUCAUCAGAGAUAAUGUAUUUAACAUUGAACCCAAAGAACACAAUGCCCUUCAAAAGUUCAAUCGCACUUUCAUCUGGAAUUUGAAGCCAACAGCCACACAGAUCUUACAUUUGAAUUUCAGUAGGACUGGUUUACGGCAGAUUCAUCCCACAGACAGCUGCCCAGACAAACACGUUUACAUGCUCACAGUGGAGAAUGUCAACAUUGGAAGGUUUUGUCAGAAUGGAACUAUUAGACAAAUCGACGUGCGUAAAGAUGGCAAACUGUCUUUGGAAGUGUCUGGAGGUCGAACUCUGGACGCGAAGGUUAUCGGCGUAUCACUGGGACGUCUCGUUAACUCACUGGCUAAUAUCCAUGUUGUUCUCCCAGAGAGGAGUUCAACCCAGGACUUCUUUACCCCAAACGCUUUUCCUGAAAGUGCUGAGACAAUGUGGUAUUUUACGGUUCCCCAAGCGUACUACACUGAUGUGCGCAUUCUCGACUACACUGUUCCAACAUGCCUCCAACCUGAAAACAUCCCUACAAUGAAGUACACUUGGCAGGGCAAAGACCCUCUGGUGAAAUUGAUGAAUGUAAGCCAGCCGUCGGUGGAGCCUGGAAACUUUAACCUGUCCAUACAAAACUGUAAAAUGUCUGUGCCGCAGCCUCCAUCGCAAGCCCUAAUGGUGCACUUCCAGAUCUCUGCCAUCAAGAGAAGCAAGGGGCAAUGUGAGGGUGAUCUGCCUGAGAAGCAAGCAGUACAGAUACGUGUGAUGAAAAAGGAUCCCAAGUCAACCUGUGUGCUGAAACUGGAUUCGGUCAUAAUGGAUACGAUCACCAUAGCUUCAGGGAACCAUUUUGUCCUGAACUCCUUUGACUGUAACAAGGAUGAAAUAGAGUUGACUGUCAACCAGACCAUAGAAUGUAAAGAAUGGAAAGACUGUGCAUCCACUCCAUUCCCUCUAAUUUUCAACUACGAGCAGCAGUGUAUCCCAGGAGUUUUGAAGACGAUCAUCUGGCACCUUCAUGGCCCUCAGAACAGUGCGGUGGAGCUACAGUCUCCUGCAGGAGAUCUGCGUCACUGUCUGCCUGAAGACAAAUGCAACAGCAUCAUCCUGCUAAAUGUGUCCCAUGUUAACUCCAGCAUCACUCUUGGGCAGUUUUGUCCAAGGGGAACCAUUGAGAAAAUCCAAAUCCGUGAAUCCAAGAUUGCAAUAACUGCCUCUGUUAGGAGCUUCAAUGACCGGAAUUUGGCAACUAAACCCUUUUUAACCUACUCAUAUACACAGGCUAUAUCAGAGGACUAUAUAUUCACUGUUGCACCAAAAAUGGAUAAUCCUACCGUGUUGGCGACCCCAGCCUGGCCGUCUGGCAUGAAACCGUCUAGCACUGUGUCCUGGAUUGUUAACCUUGAGCCCCAGUUUAAAAGUAAUCUGAUGUUCAGAAACGUCAGCCAGCCCAAAUGUAAGGAGGUGCACACAAACAUUGCAGUGCAGACCAUUCGUUCUCAAAAGACACUGUACAGCACUAAAAAAGAUGUGAAGAUUAAGGAUCUCCUGGUUCCAGAAAGUUUUUACCUGAACAUGACUAACUGUAAGUCACCGACAGGAGCCUUCCGGGCAGUGGUGGAGAUCACACAGCAAAACGGCACAAACAAGCUUUUGCCCAUCAUCCUGAGUAUUGUUGGAGUUGUGCUGGUGAUCAUAAUAGCCGUGGGGAUCUGGAUCGUUCUCAGGAAAAAGAAGAAGAAUAAAGCUCCCCCAGUGUCCGUCUACAAUCCCAGUGAGCAUGCUUUCCUUCCAGGCCUCCAUGGCUUCCCCAAAACACCGGAGGAGGAGGAUCCUCACACCUAUGCGUACAUAGAUGAAACUCUAGUAUAUAGUCAUCUGCUUGAAGAAAAAGAAGAAUAUAAAAAAGCCAGUACAAAUGAGAAUGAUCCACCUCUUACUAACCCACCUUUACCAGCCAGAAACAAUGAAAGCCUCAUCACUAAAAACAAGGCCUUGACUGACAAUGAGCUCUAUGGUUAUGUUAAGGGACAAUCAACUACAUCUGACACACCGAAGAGUUUGGAAGAGGAAGGUCUUGGAAAUCUGUCUGUGACGGCAAAAUCUAGCCAGAAGUCAUGAACAGUGAGUUUGCUUUAACUGUCAAGAUCAACUGAUGGAAGAUUCUAGCCCUAUCUCAGGGAAAGAUUUUGUGAUUUUGUUUGGACAGGAAACAACCUACCCCUAAACCUAACCAUCCUAACCACAUGGGAAUUGUAUGAUAAUGUACUGCACGAAUAAGAUUGUACAAAUUCAGACAAGUUAGCUAAAAUGUAAAAUAUAUUUACGAAUUGCAAUGAUGUUGUGUUGGAAAUUCUGGCCACUUCUGCUGUCUGGAUCUAAAAAGGAACAGAUGCUAGAGGUUCCACUGCAAACCCAUCUAAACUACUGAGCUACUUAAAAAAGGGGGCUUCUACUGUCACUUGGGUCUGGUAAAACUUAUCAGUCUUCAGUCUAGACUUAACAUUGAACUAACAAAAAACAAUAAAUCUGUUUCUAGAAUUAGGUUUGUUUAAAUGUCAUUUCAGUCAGGUAGAUAUUUGGGCUGUUCACUACUUACGUUUUUUUUCUUUUUUUUUUGACUUCUGCUUAAUUAUGCAGCUAAAUUCCUUAGAUAUCCACCUAGCAAUAUCAAUUAUUGCAAAUGCACAAAACCAGUAAAAACUGAAAGAUUUUCUUUUUCAAAUAGUGUCACAUUUUAGUGUAAUGUUUUUUUUUUUUCAUCAUAUGAAAUAAAAAUAUUUUAAUUUUAGCAUUAUUUGUCAUCACUUAAUGCAUAUGAUUGUGCUAAAUCAUGAUUACUGGCAAAGGUUUGUUUUUUUAAUGAUAUCAAUCCAUAAAUCUGACUUGUGAUGCAGCCUGUAAUCAAUAUCACACAGUGUUCAUUUGCUAAGACUAGAGGAGAACUGGUUCACCAACUGAGCCUGGUUUUUAUUUCUGUCACAUGAUGGAGUUUUAGUUCCUUGCCACUGUUGACUUUGACCUGUUUAGUUGGGAAUUAAAAGACGCGUAAUAUCAGAAUUGAUCUGGAAAUUGACAAAGUUGUCUUCUGUAGAGCUGCAUAUAGCUGAAUUGAAUGCUUUUCAUAAUCAAUGAACUUUACACUUUAAUUAAUCUGAACUGAGUAGACACUCAACUAACUUGAGAUGAAUACAGCAAAAUUUGGAUUUGUUAGCAUUGAUUCUGUUGUUGUCCUGUUUGUGAAACUGUUUUUAAAAAAUCUGUGACUGUAACUGAUUUUCAAGUGCUGGAGAGGAUAGGAGUUAAUAAAAACAGGAAAUUUUUGAUGUCACAGAUGAAGCAAGAAAGAGCAUGAGAAUCAUUUCCCCUGCAUUAUUUUCACACUGAAUUCCUUACACAUGGAAUAGGCUAUUACACGUGGUGUAAUGUAUUUCCAGUGAAACUUCACUUUCAAAGUACAUCAGUUGUGUAAUGCUUUUCUAAUGAUUUUGCAUCAGCCUUGUAGCACUUUACUGUUAUUGUAUCAAUAAAAGUU